UUGGCUUGCCAACAGUCUUCCAGCGAGUCGCCGACGACUGACGGCGGUCAGUCGGUGAAGUAGAGUUGAGUAGAGUUGCAUUGAGUGACUACACUACAGCAGUGAUGUUGGAUUGGUGCAGUGAUCUGUGGGUGCAGUGUGCAGUGCUGCGUAGCGUUGUAGAAUAUCUUAUGUUUUGGUGUAAAAAACACAACAUUUAUUAAAAAAAAUCGGUAGAAAGAUUUUUUCUCUUUCCGCAUUUGAUCCUAAGACUGAAACAAAUAUAAAUAUAGGUCAAAAAUGAAACUUUUUCCGAAUAUGGGUCAGUCAGAAAAACAUGGGCUCAAUGUAAGUGAAAAUGAAUCCGUGUAUGGAACAACACUGUCCCAAGAGUCAAUCAAAGUGAUAGCUGAGAGUAUCGGUCUCGGAACUUUACCAGAUGAAGCUGCUAAAGAUCUGGCAGAAGAUGUCAGUUACAAACUGAAAGAAAUUAUACAGGAUGCAGCAAAAUUCAUGAGGCACGGAAAGCGAAAAUGUUUGUCCACGCAAGACAUUGAUUACGCGUUAAAAAUUAAAAAUAUAGAACCAACUUAUGGAUUCCUUGCUAAAGAUCACAUACCUUUUCGAUUUACGUCUGGUGGUGGUCGUGAACUCCAUUUCGUAGAAGAGAAAGAAAUUGAUCUUAACGAUAUUAUGUCGGCAUCCGGUGGGACAAACUGGCCCAAAUUACCUUUAGAAGUGAAGUUACGAGCUCAUUGGCUGUGUGUCGAUGGUGUGCAACCUACUGUUCCUGAAAAUCCUCCACCCAUUUCCAAAGACAUCCAAAAAUUGGAAAGCGUCGACCCUACGAGGAAGCUCAACAAUUCAAGUCAAAAUAUGGGAGAAGGAAAGCCAGGUGGUGGCAGUAAAACUCAGAAAUUCCGAAACGUGGAGACUGUUCAAGUGAAGCAAUUAGCAAAACACGAACUGAGCGCGGAACAGCAAUUAUAUUACAAAGAAAUAACAGAGGCCUGUGUGGGUUCCAUCGAAGACCGUCGGGCUGAGGCGUUGCAAUCUCUUUCUGCUGACCCAGGCUUGCACCAAAUGCUUGCUCGAAUGUGCACAUUUAUUGCGGAAGGAGUGCGAGUUAACGUAGUUCAAAAUCAUCUUCCUAUUCUCAUUUAUCUUAUGCGCAUGGUGAGAGCACUAUUGGACAAUCAAAGUCUUUAUCUAGAAAAAUACCUCCAUGAACUCGUACCUUCUGUGGUGACAUGCAUAGUAACUAAGCAACUUUGUAUGAGACCUGAAGUGGAUAAUCACUGGGCACUUCGAGAUUUCGCCGCUCGUGUGAUGUCGCAAAUUUGCAAAAACUUUAACACAUCUACCAAUAAUCUUCAAACUAGAGUCACUCGGAUGUUUAGUCAAGCCUUAUCAAAAACUAACCAGACACCUCUAGCAUCUUUGUAUGGCGCAAUUGCUGGUCUUUGCGAAUUGGGACCUGAGGUUGUGAAAUCAUUGGUUGUGCCAAAAUUGAGGACAAUAUCAGAUCGGCUUGAAUCAAGUACAGACACUUUUGGGUUUUCCACUGCAGACAGAAAUGCUGUCGGUCAUAUCAAAACUUUGUUAUUGAAAUCAGUAGCUCCGGUCUUGAAAACAGUUCGACCAUCUCCUGAUUUUGUUGAAGAGUACAAAGAAGAUUUUGGAUACAUUGGGCCAGCCUUAUGCGCUGCAGUUGCUAAGGCACGAGCGCAACCAGCUGCUGCAGGAACUAAUUUCUCAACAACAGUUAAUUUGAACACAAAUCAACAUCAGUCUGCAAUUAAUACUGGGAAGACUGUUGCGCAAACAGUUUCGAGUCUAAGUCCAGGACAGUCUCAACCGACCCGUUCCAUUAUGUUGAACCCAGGACGAAGUAGUAUCCCAUCUUCCACGGGAAAAUAUGUAAUUUUACAAUCUCGUCCGCAAACUCCGACAUCCUCUGGAAUUUCUCAGAAUAUUGGACAGCAGCAGCAUGUACAAAGCCAACAACCACCACAAGUAAAAAUAACUCAAAGUGUCCCUGGUCAGCAAAUACCAUAUGUACAAAGCCCAGCUCCAAAGGUAGUUAUGGUGUGCAUGCCCAAUAGCAGUCAUUGUGUCACAACAACCGUGUCUCAGGCGGCAUUGGGGGCCCAGCAGCAAAUUUUCGUUACGCAACAAAAUGUCGAGCACACACACAACCCAUUGGAUGACCAUUCAUUUCAGUAAAAGUGAUUAAUCUAAUCUUUGAUUUUUAAUAGUACUGCGAGUAAGUAUUGCAUUUGUAGUUUAUAGAAAGGACACCUUUGUUUCUUCAUAGAAAAUCUUACUCGAAUAAUUACGGCAAAUUAAAACUUAUAUUGUUGACAAACAUCGAUUAUUUAAAAAACAAAAAAACUUUUAGUUCUAUAGACUUAAAGGCUGUGAGAGGCUCAUAACAGCCAUUUUUUCUCUUUACUUUGCAAAUAUUAUGUUAUGAGUUUACGUAUUCUGUUAUGCGCUUGCAUAGAAAUCUUAAUUUUAUGAUAUUAAAA